GCCCUUCACGCCCGCCCCGGGGUACGCCCAGUACCACAUGGCAGUGGUACAUGCGUCGCACAUGCCCACUGGAUAUGGCAGCCGACCCUCGCUCCCCAGCCCGCGGUACCUCGGAGUGCCACCUGGCAACCACCUGGCAGCGGCACUCACUCAGCCGUCGCCCCCAGGGCUGCCCAGGUCACGCUCGCCGCGCCCUUCCCCCGUCCAAUACGAGGCUGUGCAACCCCCGGCGAGAGCCAUGCCGCCCGCAUUUCGCCCUGUGGGUAUCCACGGCGCCCUCAGCUCGCCCAAGCAGGCGUCCGUCUGCCCCGAGGCCCGAGGCUCGUACCCGGCGCCCGAACUCCCCGAGAGCCACCCGGUGCAGUGGCCCUCCGACGCCCCCCUGCCCGGCUCCGACAUGCCCUUCGACCUCUCCACGCACAACCGGGAGCCCCGCAUGUCGCCGGCCUCCAGGCCCCUCGACCUCUCGGAGUCGGAGCAGCCGCUCGACCUCCGAGUGAAGAAGAGGCACCAGGAGGAGGACGAGAACAUGAACAUCGUCGUGCGUCGGACGCCGCCCACGCCGCCCCGACGGCCCGUCUCGCCCAAGUACGUGAGCGCGGGCCACGGGUUCCGCUCGCCGCACGAGGCGCCGCCCGCGCCCGUGGAGAGCGAGCACAAGACCAGCAGCCUCCCGCUGGUGCACGUGACCAGCCCGGUCAGCACGCGCACCCCGCCCGUGGUGUAUCCCCAGCCAGUCCAUCAGCCCGUGCACCACCCCGUGCACCACAGUGUGCACCAGAGUGUACAUCAGCCUGUACACCAACCUGUUCCAGUGUACACUGAAUGUCGACCUCUACCUCCGGCCUCGUCUGUCAGACCGCCUUACCCCAUGAUGGGUCUUCCUCACAACGCCUACCACCUGGGCCCGCCCGCCGGCUCCCCGCAAAUGGUGGCAGGGUACAGAGGGCCUCCGCCCGGACCGCAGGGUCACCCUGCCCUCUACCAGGUCGUUGGAGACCGUAUGCCGAAGGGCGUGACCCCGCAUACGGAGCCCCAUGGGCCGUCCCCAGUCCUACCGGGGAUGUCAACCGUGAAGCCGCGCGAGCGCUACGCGUGCAAGUUCUGCGGCAAGGUGUUCCCGCGCUCGGCCAACCUGACGCGGCACCUGCGGACGCACACGGGCGAGCAGCCGUACAAGUGCAAGUUCUGCGAGCGCUCGUUCAGCAUCUCGUCCAACCUGCAGCGCCACGUCCGCAACAUCCACAACAAGGAGAAGCCGUACAAGUGCCGCCUCUGCGACCGCGCCUUCGGCCAGCAGACCAACCUGGACCGCCACAUGAAGAAGCACGACUCCGACGGCCCCACCAUCCUCGACGGCAGCCCCAAGCGGUACACGUCGCGGCCGCGGGAGGAGGCGACGACGACAGCGUCCGAGGGGAAGGACUCCUGCGACCUCAGCGGGUCCUUGGAGAGCCGCAGUGACGUGAUCGGCCCCUCGGAGAGAAGGAAAGAGAAAAAAUAUCCUGUGCCGUGACCAUAAAGUCCUCGGCGACUCCCAUGGAAGUCGACGGCGCCGAGGCCAUGGUGCAGCCCGUGGCCGUCAUCACAGCGUGAUUGCUUUGUUCUAGUGCAUCCUAAAAUUGCCCUCAGAAAAGAAUCGAGUGCGGGACAGGGAUCACUGUUAAGAUGAACGUUUAGUCACGGGCAGUUUACCAGAAACGUUUGGUCCUUGAGACAUUAUCUGUACCAAAAACACCAAGUGAUGCCAUUGUGGAGACCAUAUUUUAGCAGUGAGAAUUGUUUCCUGCCUAAUGACAUACAUAAUGACUACCUAAUGUUCAAUCUUCUCGUUCGAUGAGGGUUGGUUGAACGUGGUUGUGAACACGGAAGAAGGAAAAGCAAAGACAGUUCAGGAAGUGUCUCACUCUCUGUCUUCGAACUUAUUUUUAUUUAAUCCUUAAACUCUUCCUGCUGGAAUUGAUUUCUUGUACAAAUUUCCGACCAACUCACGCGUAUGGGUAACAGAGUGCAACCUACCUUAGUCCGGCCAACUUGAGAAAUGAAGGUUCCUUGUGAAUUGUUAUAUAUUUUAGGUAUAUACUUGAAGCCAACGUGCUCACAGACAUUGAGAGAGAGAGGAAGUAUCUGUAAUUUUUAAGUAGCCCACUGUAGUACAACUAGCCUAAGUGCAUCGCCGUAGUCAAACACCAACUAUAGGUUCACGCUUAAAUAUGUCUCCUUCACCCUUUUCCUUCUCAGUCCCAUUCCUUAUUAUCUUCUCCUACCCUGAAAAUCCACGUUACGACGUUUCAAAGCCAGAUGUUAUAAAGAAAAACCUACUCCCUGUUGAAACCCCUCCGUUGGAAAACCGCUCCCCACGGCCAUCUGGAAACCCAUCGCCCAAACAUUGCAGAAGGAAUCCCAACCUCUGUACUGAACACCCUGCUUCCCACCCUGUCUCCCUUACGUGCCUUGUUACAGCUAGAGCAACAGCAACGGGUCUUCAAGAUGAUCAGGGACAUGGUCUCGGCCGCUCUGGGGACGUCUGGUCGUCAGGUUGCCCCGACUGCGACUGUCAUGACUGAGAUGCUAAAACCUCGUUCUUUAGGCUUUAAUUUGUCAUCCGUCGGAGAUCUGUGCACCUUUCUGUAAUUUUUGUCAUGGUUUCCAAAAGACACCGUCUAUACGCCACAUAACAUUUGCCUGGAGUUCUAACUGACAUUUAAAUGAGCAUAGUUAUAUAUCCUAUCUUGAUAUGAUCAACAUUGUUGUCUAUAUAUGUUUGAAGCUGCCAUUUAAAUAUGUCACAUUAUUUUCUCGAGAUGUGAACGACCUUAGUGUAUAAUUGUUUCCGAUUGUUUCACUAUUUUCCCAGUCUAAUUCAACUUUCCUUUCUCCUUCGCUCACUCCUUGGACGUAAAUGACGAGUCGCAUGGCUUCGUGGUAAAUUCUGUUGCCAUCUAAAUUCGUAGAUAUUAUACUUAUCCCCAUAUCGUAAAACUAACUUACGAAAGAUGUGGCACAGUCACCUCGAAGGUAUCAUCUGCCACGAGAUACAAAAGUGAGGCAUCCAUACUAGUGUCAUAAUAUUUCGUAUAUUAGUGGAUGUCACACCUUGAAACCUACCAUACACAUAUAUUACACGUCUCUCUAGCACUCCAAGUCAAAAUACUCCCAAGGAACAAGAGCUUCGAUACUGAAAUUCGAAUUUCUCCCCCUCAGAAUGUGAUGGUCAGUACAAGCAUGAUAUAGUCGCAGUCGAUGUGUCAUAUAUAGACGAUAUAUUUUCCUCUCGUGGGUUAGAAUGUAUGAUGAUUCUAUAAUCUUGUAUAAGCCUCAAACUAUAUAAAAGAGGCCUCGCUAGUCACAGGCGAUCGCAUGGUGCUAAAAUGAGAUUUAAAAUUUAUGAUAUAUUAAAGACCUUUUAUGAAAUGAUUCUUACUGUAAAUAUAAGAGAAAAUACAAUUUGUUAGUUUUGGAAAUAAAUAUGACAAAUGUAA